AUGGGUUCAUCGGGAACCCCGACCGGCUCGACAAACGCUGAUGUCGUCGUCGAUCUGUCUUCUGCCAAUCCGUACUCGCUUCACAAGACUACACAUGCCCGCCGCUCAGAGUAUGUGCGUCCGCAUCGCAUGCGAAUAAAGGUCGGCACUUGGAACGUUGCUGCAUGUCCCGGCACGGAUAAGGACCUUGCAAGGUGGUUUAUCGAUGGGGAAGGUCUGGACCCCUCACUCGGAUCGUCAAAGCCGCCGGACGAUGAUGGACCGGCAGGAAGGAGAGGCUUCGAUGGUCCUUCCCGCGGCGAGAUCCCGAUUGAGCUUGCAGAACGUGGCAAAAUCGGUCUCUAUGUUCUUGGCCUCCAAGAGGUUAAUGACCUCGCGGCUCCGAGCCAGUACAUGUCCUGGAUCUACGCCGCGGACGAUUCGAUGAUGGGGAAGUGGAAGGCGGCUCUGGAAGCAGCUUUACCACCAGACUACCAGCUCGUUGUCGUCGAGCACUUGGCCGGACUCCUGUUGCUGGCUUACGCCUCCCCAGAGAUCGCGCCGACAAUAAGCAAUGUCAGCACGAGCUCUGUCGGCACUGGUGCCCUGGGAUAUUUGGGGAACAAGGGGGCUGUGUGCACCCGCAUAGUGUUGGGAGAAGUCACCCAGCUGUUGUUCGUGAACUCGCACCUGGCGAGCGGUGUUGAGGACUAUUAUCUCGAGCGUCGGGUAAGCCAGGCCCAACAGAUCAUGAACCAGGCCCGUUUCGAACCUAUCGUCAUUUCUGGCGUCUCCGAGGAUGAAAAGACCAAGAUUGGGGAUGAGGACUUUGCAUUCUGGUUCGGUGAUCUCAACUUCCGCCUCGACCGGCUUCCGGGCGACGACAUCCGGCGGCUCCUGAUGCUCCAUACUCGAGGAGAAUACGACCUGUCCAAGAGGGAGCUGCGCCGGGAGAGCUCGCUUGAGGGUGAACCCAUCGUGGUCCACCGCUCGUCUGAUAGCAGUGACGAAGUCACGGACAGAGAUCCCAACCGAGAACCCCAAGACCGGUCCGAGGACAGGGUUGUUGAUGCCAAAGGAGCCGACGAUGACUCGAUCAACCUUCCGGACCCAGACGACUUCCCGCAGGACCCGCAGGAGGAUCCCGCGUCCCUCCAAGCCACGCUCAGCUCUCUCCUUCCCCAUGACCAGCUGAAGCGACUUAUCAAAGAACGCAAGAUCUUCCACGAAGGCUGGCGCGAAGGACCAAUCACCUUUCUGCCUACCUACAAGUACGAUGUGGGCACAAUUGCGCUCUUCGACUCCAGUGAAAAGCGCCGGCCGCCGAGCUGGUGCGACCGUAUCUUGUACCGCACACGCAAUGACAUCGAACAGUACAAGCGUAAGGCCAAAGAAGAGGAGGAGGCGCGCAAAAAAGACGAGGAGAUGAAGGCGCGGGGCAUCGAAGAGGCGGUCGAUGACGACGUGCUCUUCUCGUACGAUCCUGAAAACGACGGCGAAGAGCAAACGAAUAGUGCAAAGGACCUAGGAUGCGACGAAUAUGACGACGCCGAAGAUGGCGGCUGUGAUCAAUCUCCGGAUCCAACCGAGGACGACAGGAUACACUUGGAGCUCUACACCUCCCACCAACGAAUAACAUCAUCGGAUCACAAGCCUGUCAGCACCAUCUUCACGCUCUACUACGACGCUGUCGUGCCGGAACUAAAAUCCAAGGUGCACGCGGAAGUGGCGCGAGCGCUGGAUCGGGCAGAGAACGAGGGGCGUCCGGGAGUCACCAUCGUGGCUGACCAUCAUGAUCCCCGAGGUGGAUCCCGACGCGGCGGCUCUGAGUCUCCUACACACGUUGAUUUUGGGGAAGUCGUGUUUCUGAAAAAGUACACCUUCUCACUCACGUUAGCGAAUACGAGCAGCGUGUCUGCAAAGCUAUCGUUCGUCGAGAAGCCGGCAAUCGACGAUUCAGGGAAUGACGAGUUAGCGGAAGUACAAUGGUUAACGACAUGCUUUGUGCGCUCCGAGGUUGCUGAUGAUGACACCGGAUCCGUGGACUUGGGGAAGGAGGUGACGCUCGAACCUGGCGAGACGCUCAAUGCUGUGCUCGAAGCCCAGGUCACGGAUAUCGCACAUUCCCGGAUGCUCAACGAGGGGCAACCGACCUUGGAAGACGUUCUAGUCCUCCGCGUCACAGACGGCAGAGACCAUUUCAUCCCCGUCCGCGCAUCCUGGGCUCCAACAUGCAUAGGACGCUCUGUCGAUGAGCUCAUCCGAGUUCCCGACGGGGGCAUACGGGCAUUCGCCCUCUCACUCUCGGAACAAAAGGGGGGAAGGACAGGCGCGAUCCCAUACGAUCUCCCAGUUCACCGCCCGGCUCCCAAAGAGCUCUUCCGACUGACCGAAGCCAUUGAAACCACGACCCAGCGCGUCCUAGCCGACGCUCAGAUGCUCGACGAUUGCAGCAUCCCGUCAGACCCCGGCUGGCCCUUCGACGAGGCCGCUUGCAAGUCGACCGAUAUCGACACCCGCACUUCCCACAUCAUCUCUCUCCUCGACGCCCUCGACCAAGACCAACCCCUUCCCACCGUCUUCGCCCCGGAAACGCCCGCCCUCCACCGGCUCGAGUCCCUCGCACAGACCCUCGUCCUCUUCCUGCGCAGCCUCACCGACGGCGUCGUUCCCACCCCGCUCUGGAACCGGAUCGACCAGGCCGCCCCUUCCAUCCCCUCGCUCGCCAACCCGGCCAGUCCGCCCUCGGACGAGGCAACGCUCGAGAACGACCGCACCACGGUCCUCGACAUCCUCCAGUCCGCGCCCCACCACAACAUCUGCUUCGUCUUCCUGACCACCACCCUCGCCAGGGUGGUGUCGGAGCUCUCUCCCCUGUCAAAGGCCGACUUGGCCGUCCUCAAGAGCGCCGAGGCGUCCCUGCCGAAGGGUGGUGCGGGCGCGGGCGCGGCGCUUGGCGGGGUCCUGGGCGGGGUCGGAAGGAGAUCGUUUGGUUUCGUGCGCAAGGCGGGUGGUGCAGGUGCAGGUGCAGCAGCAGGUACGCCCCUAGCGGUGGCGUUGGCGGCACUGGAGAAGCGACGGGUAAGAGAGAGACGGGUGGCUGAGGUUCUCGGCGAAAUCGUUUGUAGGGGUUCGGCCGGCGGCACGUCGGCGGAGCGAAAGUUAGGGGAGGCGAGGAGGAGGGCGGUCGUAGAGUUGUUUUUGAGCCAGCGGGGGAGAGGUGAAUGA